AUGGGUGAACGAGUGAACGUCCCUCCCGCCGGGAUGGAGGCCCCGGGGCCGCCGGGGCCCGCGGGUCCCCGGGACUCUGCCGGUCGCGGGGGGCGCACGGGGUUGGUCCCGGCCCCGGCCCCUCCUGGGCGCGCCGGCGCCCGCGGGCCCGGGUGGGCGGCGGGGGCCCUGGAGCGUCUGGAUCUCGAGUCCUGGGUCCGGGAGAAAGUUCUCUUUCUUCUGGACCCUCGGCGGGGGCAGCACGCCGCGGAGGCCCCGGACCAGGGCGCGGCGGGGCUGCCCGGGGCCCGGGGCGGCGGGGGGGCCUGGGGCGGGCUGACCGCGGCCCCCCGCCCACCCCGGGCCCUCGGGACCCCGGGCCCGGCCCCCGCCGCCGCCCCGGCCCGGGGGCUGCUGGUGCGCGUGGAGGAUUACCGGGAGACGCGGGAGGUGGUGCGCGCCGCGGGGGCCCGGGGCCGCGCCACGGCCUGCACCGAGGAGCGCGCGCUGACCGCCGUCACCUUCCGAGCCGGCCGGGACUGA